AUGGAUGUCCCGGGUCCACUCAGCAAGUGCCCAGGCUUUAACAUCUACGUGGAUGGAUUUACAGCCUUACGGCGCCAUAAAGAGCUCCAGGCAGCAAACAUUACACAUAUUGUGUCAGCAGUUGACUGGAAAUUCGCAGAGAACUCACCUCUUAUUCGAGGGUUCCGGCAUCUACAAAUUCCUCUUGACGACGUCUAUGACUCAAACAUCCUGGAGUACUUUCCGCGCAGCAAUGAUUUUAUUCACCAGGGUCUGAAUUAUUGGACUCCAACUCGGGGGCGGGAUGGUACCAGCAAACCCGGCUCUUCGAGUGAGUCUCCGCGUCAAAGUGGUAUUCUCGUUCACUGUGCCAUGGGUGUUUCUCGUUCAGCCACAGUCGUUCUAGCCUAUCUACUUUGGCAUUCAAGACAACCUCAGGCAAUUCGGACACACCCGAAUGCUACGACGUUGCCAUCCUCAGGGGAAUCCGACAUGGUACCUCUGCCGCCUACGCCCCUCUCUGUGGAAUCAGCAUUGGCACUCCUUCGUGAGGGGCGACCUCGCGUUGAACCCAACGAAGGUUUCAUAAAACAGUUACGGAUGUAUGUGGAGAUGGGUUGCCCAACAACACAAAGCGAGCUUGAGAAUCACAAAAUCUACCGCCGGUGGAUGAACUCACGCAAUGUAAUGGACGCACUGAGCGUAAAUCGGGCUCCGGAGCUUGAACACAUCACUUGGCGCGACGAGGAGGCCGAGGAAGGCGACGAGACGGACCUGGAUGGUAUUGACGGAGAGGACGAAACACGCAGACGACGCCUUGAGGCCAAAGAAGAUCAUCCAGACCCCGAAAUCACAAACCCAAUGUUCUCCACAUCAGACCCCAGCACAGCCGCUGGAGGCAAACGAACACCCGUAACAGAAGUUGACAUCAAGUGUCGUAAAUGCCGAUGGUUGGUCGCGAAAUCCAACUUCAUCCUUCGUCAUCGGCCACCACCACACCGCGACCCGACGGCCGGCGAAGCAUGUGCGCACAUCUUUCUGCACCCACUGUCAUGGAUGAAGGGUGCGUUGGGCGAGGGAACGCUGGACGGCCGUCUGACAUGCCCAAACCCAAAGUGCGGAGCGAACAUAGGAAAAUUUGCAUGGCAAGGUCUACGCUGCAGUUGUGGAGGGUGGGUCACACCGGGCUUUGGAGUGGGAAAGGCCAAGAUCGACGAAGUCCCCGUCCGACAGGGCCCGUCUAGGAGCAUCGGUGCUGUUACUGCUUCCGACCAACUUGCCUUGAGUGGUAAAGUGCCAGGAGAUGGGGGUGUGAACACGAUUACAGAUGGUACUGCAGGCCUGUCCUUCCAGGACCAGGACAAGCAACAGCAACAGCAACACCAGCAUCACCCUUCAGUACGACUUCCGCCGGGAAUGAGGCGUGGAGGUGCGGGAAACCUAUGA